GCAGGGCAUGUCAACCAGCAAGAAGAACUACAGUCAUGUUACUGCUUGUUAUCUACUGUUAGUUGCAGUAAAUGUGACAGGCGAGUCGUGGAGCAUAACCAGCACAUGCAGACAGUUCCGGGAAUGAAAGGUGUGUGUCCCUAACACGAGCAGCAGUGAUGGAAGGAGACUCCCAGAGUGCGUCGGCCUCCUGGGAGAACGGGACUCUGGCUCCUGGGGAACACCUUCGCUCCGACAGGGCGGACAGCCCCCUCCCGGGCCUGGUGGAGGGAACAGAACCAGGUGAGAGUGAUGGCUGUAAAGUGGUGUUCCUCACCAAGAGCCCUCUGGUGCUGGUGGGCGUGUCCCGCACCUGUCAGUCGGACAAGGAGCUGCUGCGGGAGCUGCAGUACAUCUACUACCAGAUCGUCAGCCUGCUCACCCUCACCCAGCUCAACAACAUCUUCAAGAACAAGCAGAACUACGACCUGCGCCGCCUGCUGGCCGGCUCCGAGUACCUGACGGACAACCUGCUGACCCGCCUGGAGCGAGACCCCGGCCUGCUGCUCAGCGCCGUCACCUGCCUGCCUCUGGCCAGCUCCACCCGGGACACCGUGUCCUCCAGCCUGCAGGCCGCCAAGUCCAAGAACCUGGUGUUCUCCAUCCUGCUGGCAGGGGACCGCCUGGUCACUCUGCUGAGGAAGAAGGACCAGUUCCUGCACCACAUAGACUUGCACCUGGUGUUCAACCUCGUCGGCUCCUCUUCCUCGUUUCGUGAAGGCGAGGGCUGGACGCCGAUCUGUUUGCCAAAGUUCAACACCGCAGGAUUUUUCCACGCUCACAUCUCUUACCUGGAGCCCGCGUCCGAGCUCUGCCUCAUCCUGGUCUCCACCGACCGAGAGGACUUUUUCAACAUGUCCGACUGCAAGAAGCGCUUCAUGGAGAGGCUGAGCAAGCGCAGCGCCUACCCGGCUCUGAAGGAGGCUCUGAAGUCUCCCACCUACUCUGUGGAGCAGGUGGGCAUCCCGGAGCUCAGGCACUUCCUGUACAAAUCAAAGAGCUCAGGGCUGUACACCAGUCCAGAGUUCCCUGAUGUGUAUAAGUCUGACUGUGAGCAGGAGAGGCUGAUGGGGUUGUACCAGGACCUCCACAGCAGCUUGCACCACCCAACCAGACCUCUCCGCUACGUCUACCGCUGUGGGGACACUGAAAACCUGCUGGCGUGGGUAAGCCUGGGAGAUCAGAUGAUUGUAGUCUUUAACAGGAUUUCAUAACUGCUGUGGGAUCAGAUUUCACAAUAGAGUGUCAGACAUGAAAUUAGGAAAUGCCUCAGAGCAGAGCGGGACAACAUUGUGAAUAUUCGUGGCUGAAAUAUUAUAAUUGAUGCUUUAG